CCCGUCCACAAAACAAUUUAUUUUUAUUUAGCAGAAAUUGAAGUUUGUUUGGGCGCUAUAAACCACGUUUCCCGGUUUCGUCUAUCUGUCCACCUGCUGCUACGAGUGGAUCCGAAGUAAUAUUCUUCAGAAACAGUUGAACCCCAUCUGCCACCUCAAAGCUCUUAAGGAUAUACCCUUUUCUCGCUUUGACCUGGUGUUUCUAUGGUUUCUGGCAGUUGACGACUGAGGAGCUCCGAAAGAUUUGCCUCACUUUUCUCUCUCAGUCUCACACUUGUGAAUCAGGCAGGUAUCUUCUUUGAGAAAUAUGAGUGUGGGCUUAAAGAAAUCUCCUUCGAAUGACUGUGAGAAGCUUUUGACAUCUGAUGAGCAGCAGGCUAAGAUUAACGAGGUGAGAAGGUUGAUAGGGCCAUUGUCAGAUAAGUUGUCCAUUUAUUGUUCUGAUGCAUCCAUCUCAAGAUAUUUGUGGGCACGUGCCUGGAAUGUCAAGAAGGCAACUAAAAUGCUGAAAGAUUCCUUAAAAUGGAGGUUGUCAUACAAACCAGAAGAGAUACGCUGGGAGGAGGUUGCACAUGAAGCAGAGACAGGGAAAAUCUACAGAUCAAAUUCAAUUGACAAGCAUGGGCGAACAGUUCUUGUCAUGAGACCUAGUCGACAGAACACAAAGUCAACAAAAGGACAAAUCAAGUAUUUGGUCUAUUGCAUGGAGAAUGCUAUUUUAAAUCUGCCACCAGGCCAAGAACAAAUGGUCUGGCUAAUUGAUUUUGAGGGUUUCAAUUUGUCAAAUAUUUCAGUGAGGUUGACACGGGAAACUGCCCAUGUUCUACAAGACCAUUAUCCUGAACGCCUUGGUGUGGCAAUAUUAUACAACCCACCCAAGUUUUUCGAACCAUUCUUUACGGUGGUGAAACCCUUUCUAGAGCCUAAAACAUACAAUAAAGUCAAGUUUGUUUACGCUGAUGACAACAACAGCAAGAAGAUAAUGGAGGAUUUAUUUGAUAUGGACCAGCUUGAGUCUGCAUUUGGUGGAAAUGAUAACAGGGGGUUUGACAUAAAUGAAUAUGCUGAAAGGAUGAGAGAGGAUGACAAGAGGAUGUUCUCUUUUUGGACAAGAGGGAAUCCUCCCUCAGCAACCCCAGAACCAGCUCUGAUAAGUGCUUCUUUAGAUUCAAUCAACUUAGAGUCGGAUUCUGAUGCAUCUGUCAAUGAGAAAACAGAAGGUUCCCCUUCUAAUGAGGUGGAACAGGAAGUUGUCUCCUCAGGUGAGGAUAUGCUGGCAACUGAUGGCAGUAAAAAUGCCACCUGAGAUGUAUAUAUUAGGAUGGAGAAAUAAGAAAGCUUGGACCCUUUCUGGGUUAAGGUGUGGUGACUCAACUGUACUAAUUGCUGACCAUUUGCAAUUUGAUUAGAAACUUGAAAUGACGACAGUCUCUGUCGGCUUAUGUUUUCAGAGUUACCGUCCCUUGAUAGAUUAUAUUACCUUCUUGAGUAAAGCAAAUGAAGUUCAAAACAAGCAUUACGUGCA